AAAAUUGUUCAGCUUCUGGAAAGUUUUGAUGAUCAAAUUGAAAUACUUUUCGAGUGUUUUGAUGAUAUGGGCAUUUUUAUUAGAGGUUGCAUUUUUGGAUUAACCAAUAGGGUUCUUCAUUAAAGAUUUUUUUUUUUUCUAAAUCAAGAAAAUUUUGGGUGAUUUUUUAUUUUUUUUAUGAAUGAUGGAGAGAAGAACCCAAAAUGAAAAUAAUCCUCCAGAAAAUAUACCAUUUAAUGUUGAAGAUUCAAUUUUCAGCUCAAAUUUGUUCUUGGAUGGUGAUGGAGAAGUUAUUCUUACUCAAACUUCUGAUAGAUUGUCUUGGAAAUCUGUUGAAUCUGUACUUAAUGGGCAGGAUCCGUCAUCUUGUUUCGGCAUAGAACUUGUUUCUAAAAGUGAAACCACAUUGUGUUUUAGUGAUGUAUACUCUGCAGAGUUCAUUGAUUGGGGGUUGGUACAUGAAGCUGCCUUUUUGGGCCAGUCAUUUGAGAUGUACCGAUUUACAAUACGCGGAGUCCAGAAAUCAAAGACACAACCUUCUGUUUUGGUUCCAUCUUUUUAUACUUUUGGACAUAAGGAUUCACAAACAUGUCAGAUGUGGGUUAAUCGGAUUAAUGAUCUUCUAAACAUUGAUGCUGAGCGGCCAAAGAACCUUCUGGUUUUUGUUAACCCAAAGAGUGGGAAAGGACUCGGAUGUAAAGUUUGGGAAACAGUGGCUCCCACAUUUUCUCAAGCGAAAGUGAAAAUGAAGGUUACUGUGACAGAAAGGGCAGGACAAGCUAUUGAUAUGAUGUCUUCCAUUACAAGUAGAGAGCUCAGUUCAUACGAUGGCGUGGUAGCAGUUGGCGGUGAUGGAUUUUUCAACGAAAUACUGAACGGUCUUCUCUUGUCGAGGCACAAAUGUUCAUAUCCACCAAGUCCUACUGAACUUAACCACCCCGUUGAGAAUAAUGAUGAUGGGCCUGUUCUUGAUACCAAUGUGGAUAUCAGGGACCCAUCUGAUAGCGGUGAGGAUGAAUCUCCUCUUCUAAAGCAAUCAAUAGAUCUCAGAACCGGAGAUGAUUCUUGCCAAACAGAAGCAGAAGAUGUUGACUUUUCUUUCCCAAAUGAAAAGUUCAGAUUUGGACUUAUUCCAGCAGGAUCAACAGAUGCCAUUGUAAUUUGUACUACAGGUGCUAGGGAUGCUAUGACUUCUGCAUUGCAGAUCAUCCUUGGUAAAGCAGUGUGCCUUGAUAUAGCACAAGUUGUAAGAUGGAAAAAGACUUCUACAUCUAAGGAUGAACCCUGUGUACGUUAUGCAGCUUCUUUCGCUGGGUAUGGGUUUUAUGGAGAUGUAAUUACUGAGAGCGAAAAGUACAGGUGGAUGGGCCCCAAGCGUUAUGAUUAUGCUGGAACAAAGGUGUUUCUUCGUCACAGAUCGUAUGAAGCAGAAGUUGCAUACUUGGAAGUUGAAUCAGAAAAGAAAAACGUAGGUCCUGAGAAAGAGUCAACAGGCAGCUGGACAAAAGGAUUGUGGUCCCUUCUCAAAAAGUCCGAAAGAGUAGCUUGUCGUGCAAACUGUAAUAUUUGCAAAACAAAAGCAGGCCACACAUCGGCAAAAUGCCCCAGCUUGCAGCCCUAUUCAAAAGAUUCAAGAUGGUUAAAGUCCAAAGGGCGUUUUCUUAGUGUUGGAGCUGCUGUAAUCUCUUGCAGAAAUGAAAAGGCGCCCGAUGGUCUGGUGGCUGAUGCACACCUUUCAGAUGGUUUUCUACAUCUUAUAUUAAUUAAGGAAUGCCCUCACGCAUGUUAUUUGUGUCACCUUCUCCAGCUAGCAAAGAAGGAUGGCAAUCCGCUAGAUUUUGAAUUCGUCGAGCACCAUAAGACUCCAGCAUUCACAUUCACUUCUUUCGGCAAGGAGAGUAUAUGGAACGUUGAUGGCGAGCUCUUUCAAGCUCAUCAACUUUCAGCUCAAGUAUUUCGCGGGUUGAUUAACUUAUUUGCUAGUGGCCCUGAUGCCUAAAGUGGCUGAAUCUCUUCAUAUAGGUUAUGUUGCUUUUGACUCUCCGAAAAUGGGGCAACACUCACGUUGGAUCCUCCAAAAAU